AUGAUAUUCUCCCCUUUUUUUUUAAUUCUCUUGUCUUUGUUUCCUCCCCAAUGGAGAUGCCAUUUUCGCAAUUUUGAGAAAAACCAAGGGAAGUAUUUAUCCCCCCCAGUUGUCAAAGUGAGGAAGGGCUCGAGAGUUUUUUUUCGGCUACGUAGAAGGGGUAGUAGAGAUGCUCACCCAUGGGGAGAAGAACAAAGUAUGUCAGUAUGCCCCUUAAGAAGGCGUAACGUCUGUUCACGAAGUGAAAGACCGAAUGACCGUGUAUGGAAGCAACCCAGGUUAAAUGCCCUACAUUGUGUUAGACCUUUCCCGCGGGAUGGUGUCUCCAUGUGCAAAGGUUUUCACAAAGGGGGGGAGAACAAUACGAUGCAGUGGGAAAAAAAAUACAACAUGGAAAAGGCUCAAACGAUGUUCAUUUCGUGCAAGACAGGCUUCAAUUUUUCUAGGCGAAAAAGAUGUGCCAAGAGUGACAGUGCCUCAAGCGGAAGAAUCAGCUGGAAGAUCGGCACACGAUUAGGGGUUCAUAGGAAGGGGAAGCUACUCUCAUCCGGGGGGGGAGAAAAGGAGAGACUUCAGGACAGUCUCGAACAAAUCACAAAUGAUGAAAACCUUCCAGAGGAUAUUCCCACAGUGGGAGAAUCACGUAGCGGUUUGGAAAUGCCCCGAGAUAGUCACCCCUCCGAGGAGUGCACUAAAACGAUUCUAGGAAAUAUUCUACAGAGAAGCUACAUACAUAAUUACACACAAAAUGAGGACCUGUUCAGGCUGUUAAAGGGAAUAAACGCUCUGCUUAGCAAAUUAAAUGUGCACCAUUACGGAAAAGAAGACGAGGGAGGGGGGGUACUAGAUAUCCACUCAGUGUCUACAGAUGACAGAAAUGCAAAAAGUGCAGAAGAACAAAUUAUUGAUGUGCACAACGUGAAGAGAGAUACCCUUUCUAAGUAUAAUAACUCCCUGAACGAGUCAGGCGAUUUUUUUUCUACAACGGAUAAACAUCAUGGGAGUGGUAAACACACUUCUGCGUCUUCCUCCCCUCCUGAUAUACUCACAGGAAGGAUAUUUAAAACGUGGGUGUUUCCACUCAAUUUGAUGCUUAUCAAAUCGUGGGUUGAUAAAAUUGUAAAAUCGGUAUGUGUAGAUGAUCAUGCUGAGAGGGAAAUCUCCAAAGACAGCAACAUCUUUGUUAAGUGCGAAAAUGUUAUCCAGAAAAGGUUGUUCUUUCAUUUGGUAUGUUUUUACACACGGAUUGCGACGUGGAGGGGAGGACGCCGAAGGGAUGUGAUUCUAUAUCUCUACAGAGAGGACGAAGAGGAGGCAGAAAAUCUCUACAGCCAUUUGAAGGACAUGUAUGCGGAAGAGUCGGUCAGCUUUUUUAAUUACAAGCAUUGCAUACAUAAUGACAAGGCAGCGUUUAUAAUUUUAUUAUCGUAUGAUGAAUUCUUCAACUUAACCCUACACGUUGCUAACAAAACACCUGCCGAUUUGGAGAGGUACCUGAACGGAAAGGCCAGUUGUGGCUCUGGAUGUCCCAACCUGUUUUCCCUUUUUUCGCAGCUGCUUGGAAGGGCUCCCCGCUGUGAGGCAGCGAAAUGUGGCGAAGCGCAGCAAACGUUUAAAAUAUUUCUGGACGAUUUUAACGUGGCGUACAAUUAUGGCCAAAGCGUGAUAGAGAAAAAUCUUUACGAGCACCUUUUCCCUGCGAUUGACCUGCGGAGGGAGCACGUCACAUUUUACUUCCUUUCGAGGACCGCUUUCCCCACGCUGUGGUUUAAUAUUUGGCUGGAACAUGUCCACAAGGAGUGCUAUUCUGUCAAUCUGCAAAAAAGGAAAAACGUUUUUAUUUUACACAAAAGGUUUAUUCUGCCUCUGUUGGAUGACCAGGCAACCGCGCAGUGGAACUCCAGCAGUUCGGAAAGAGGAAGCCCAAAACAAAUCGCGAAAAGGGACAAGGAGAUGAUAACCUCAAGCUUGUAUCCCCUCUUCGAUCUGGCGACAAAUAAAAAAAGAAAUUUCCAAAACCCACAGGUGGAACAAUAUAUGUCCAUUUUUAACAAACACAGAAAAGAAAUUAUUGUCGAGUAUUUGAAGAGGCACAACUUGUACAACAUAAAUAAGUUAAAAAGGAAAGACAAAAAAAUAAAAAGAAAAUUUAAUAUCGCUAGACGGUUUUUAAAAAAAAAAAAAAAAUUUGACAGACUUGGAAAUUUUGCACUACAUAAAUUUCUUCAUGAACAGAAAAAAAAAAGGAAGAAUAUUCUUCAGAAAAAAUGUUAUUGAUUAUAGUUAUGUGACAGAAAGGGAGUUUCUACAGGAGAGGGAUAAGAUGCAGAUAUUGACAGAAGGGUUGUCCGGUUGGCAUCGCGGGGGAAGGGAAGGGCUCCUCCCUCAGCACUGUGGGGAGGCAUCCUUGGCAGGAAGAACUCGUGCUGAUGGAUCCUCUCCAGGAGGUGAACCGCGUAACAAUGUGAGACAAAUGGAUAGUUCGCGAAAAGUGGGCAGGGAGAACGGACAUUGUGAGAGAUGGGAGGAACAUGAAGAGUGCGAUAAAGAAAUGAAUGUCCCUUUUUUUUUGCAAAGUAGAGGAACGACGCGGCUUCGCUUCGAUACGGACACGUAUCUCCCAAAUGGAGCAAAACAUUUUUGUUACAAAAGUGGAGACGCACAGGAAGGGUUGUCUCAAUCUACUACGCGCGCCGCGGCUCCACUCCACCCGUGCAUUUACUACACAUUCGAUAAGGACGCGUUCGAAAAGUUUUCCAAAGAUGUGUACGCAGCGCUUCCGGUUUUGCCUGAACGGUUCAGGCGAAAAUGGAGAAUUGUGUUAAAAAAAUAUGAAGAAGCAAUACGCCCAAGUUUUUCCCGUAAAAAGUAUCUCCUAAAGGGGCUCUUCCUGGUAAGGGAAAAGUUAAGCAAAGUGGAAAAACAGUUUAUUGGAGAGUUACUAAAGAAUGGCAUUAUUAAAAUUAUUUUGUCUCGUGUGAACAUUUCUUCGGACGUUAUUGGGGUGAACACCGUGUUUGUGGAGGAUGUGCAAGUGUACGUAAAGGAUAAACUCCCUCAGUACAAUCGGCUUCUUACCCUGAUAAAUCGCCUGCACGGGGAGGUUUUCCACCCCUCCGGUGGGAGCAGCCUUCUGGGGAACCGCCUUCUGGGGAACAGCUCCUACUGGGGAGAAGAAGCCCCCCCAGUGGAUGAUGCAUACAGACUCCACUUUGUAAAAUACUUUUUGUACUUAAAUUGGGCGAAGAUAUUCAGGAAGUACACCCUGUCAAAUAAUGACCUGUUAAAUUUAUUUGCAAAUUGCAAAAAUUGUUUUUUAAUUCCAAGGAGGUAUGAAGACAUUUCCAUUUUGUUAAAUUUGCAGAGCGGGAGUUACUUAAAUAUAUCCCAUUUGCACAAAGCAGUGCUGCGCGAUUUUUAUUUUAAUCUGUACAACGGGAGCAUCAGCAGGGGAAUCUCUUUUCACCUGAACGGUGCAGGGGAAUUGCGAAUAAAUGUAUCACCCCUGUUUGAUGACCGGGUGAGCAGUCCUCCUGGGGGAAAAAAAACCUAUAACUUUUUCUGUACGCAGCGGAGGUGGAGCAACGAUCAACUGGAAGAUCUCUCCACGCAUAAUAUCAUUUAUAUGACCAUGAAAACAGCACAAAACGUUCACAAAAUUUACAAAUAUAAAGAGACGAAUGAAACAAUUCUGCUGCACCGUUUCUUGGGCAUGUCGAAUGAGACGGCCUACUCGAUUAACUACUUCGACUUUUUGUACUUUCAUUUUUUGACGAACAAAAAUAUUGGAACAAUAAAAAGACACCUCAUAAAUAACGUGUUCGAAUUUUACGCUGUUAAGAGGAAAGAAUAUGAAAAGGAAUUUAUCACCUCCGAUAGGGAAGACAAAAUUAAUGAUUAUCAUCAGAGGGUCCAAAAAAUAAAAAAAUAUUUCCCAGAAAAUAACGCAUAUGUGUAUUACGAUACGUUUGAAAAAUAUAACAGCAUUAUGAAGGAAGUGAGAAAUAAAUUGAGGAGGAUGUACAGGCAAAAGUAUAGCAUGCUGAGUGAAAGCAUUUGUGAAGGGGAUCAGAGUGAUGUGGUCCUGACCACUGUCGACUCGGAGCGCUGCAUUAUUCUGGACAUGUAUAAAAUGAAGUCAUCCGUGGGGGAGAAAAAAAAAAAACAGAAAAGUGACCUGUACGUUUGUGCAAACAGCAGGGGUGAGCUGUUCAUAUGCAACAUAUUCUUCUUUGAUAGGGUCUUAAAGGAUAAAAAAAUGUGCGACUCUAUUAGGGAAAGAAACAAAGGCAUUAAUUACGUUGAUUAUUUGUUUGGCCAAAGGGAUGUGGUUAAUUACGAGCUGUUCUUCAAGGAGCGCCACUUCCCGUUUGACAUUUAUCGGGGAGAUUGCAUGGGCAACGGGGGGGAGAUGGAAAAUAACUGUCCUCCCACCGAGGUGAAAAAAAAAUUUUCCACCAAUUUGUAGUCAACAAAAUCAGGGUGAACGAAAAGUUGGGCAGCCAGAAAAACUAUCGUAAUGAGAGAGAGGAACAAAUUUCACAAGCAAAUGGAGAGGAAACAAAAAUGGUGAACCUGGAGGACUUAUUUCAAAAUUGGUACAGCGAAGAUUUGUACAGUCGGAGAAGGAAGCUUUCUCUUUACUGGCAAAAGCUGGAGAACUUAAAGAGAGAAAUGCUUCAGAAGUGCGAGAGGAGGUUGAACAAAGACAUGGGAAAAAAUGCGCACAGUGGAUGUGUAGAAGGGGACCACUAUAACCAAGCGGGAUGGGAUCCCUUGGAGGGGAAAAAAAAACGUAUGACGUACGAAGUGAACAGUUUCAGCGAAGGUGCCAAGACAAGCUAUGUCACACAGAAGGGACCCUGCCAAUCAGCUGGAAACAAAAUUAUGAGCGCGAAAAUUAUGGGCACC